CAUUAAAUUGAGCUGCUAGUUCUGGGUGCUUAUUAUUGCCUGGAAGUGUAGUUUUAGAACGUAGCAUAUUAUUCCUAAAAUGUCCAAACAUUUAGGAGAAGUAAAAAAAAAAAAAAAUCACCUAGAAAAACAGCUGAGUAGAAGGGGAAUUUAAUUGUUUAAGUUGAAACCAAGACAAGUUGGUGUUCACCCAAUGUAGCACUGGCAGUAAUCCUUUUGAGAACCAUGUAUUUACAAUUGAUGCAAACAUUUAUGAGAGCUUUUCAAGUUUUGAACCAACUCGGCGGAGCAAAAACAAGCAGCUUGUUCCUCAGGCCAUUGGAAGACAGCAGGGAUUCAAACUGUUUCUCACAGUGGAAAAAGUAAUGGAGAAAAGCAGGAUUUGCCCAGCAGCUUGCCAGAUGAUGUAUGCUCCCAGAGGCCCUGAGGGCACCACCAAGAGUUUGAACUCAAAAGAAAGUCAUGCUGUCCAAACGGAGCUCCUAUUGGUGUUUGGUGUCCAGUGGACCGUGAACUGGAUGUCCAGGGUGUUUGUCAAUGAAAGGAACUCUGCUUGAGAUCUUGUUGGCAUGUUCACUGUCCCCCUCCUCACCACCGCUCACCGGGGAGUGCAGGGGUAGGGGGACUUGCACUUUGCCAGGCGGCUCUUCCCUCUCAAAGCUUUGCUAAAUGUGACAUGAAAUGUGAAUACGGCUGUGGAUCCGAAAGGGCAAUAAACACACAGUGCAAAUAUUUGAACCCAUGUGCACCAGCUAACAUAGUGAUGCGCACCUGUGGACUAAGUUGGAUACAUGGAUAUACAUGUAUAGACUGCAGUACCACAAAAGCAUGCAGCAGUUCCAGUCACCCUUCAAUGAAGAGCAACAAGGUUUUCAAGUCAUUGCGGCUUGUUAAUUUAAUUUUCCAAAUUGGGACAGGCAGAAGGAAAGACAGUCUGGAGGAAUUUGUUCCCUCUUCUCUUAAUCUGUGAUGUUAAGAUUUGUCACUUCAGUAUUUACUGAUGCUUUUUGAUUCGCAUGCAAUCCAUUUGAAAUGUGCAAAAGUUUCUUUAAACACUCCAGUGCCUUGAAUGACAACUUGGCAAAUCUAAAAUACACGGAAAAGCUCAUUAAGCUUCGUCAGUGAAAAUGAAUUUAUAUUGAGCAAGAGGGUUUGGUCACAGCUCAGUAAGCUUUGCUUUCACAGACUCUUCUUGUAGAUGGUGUCAGCUCUUUGAGAUGCAGCUCAAGGAAACGCUGGCAAAUCCAACAGAAAAACAGAUACGCUUCAAUCAGACUUCCAAACUAUUCGUUUGUGUUAACAUAAAAAAAUUGCACAAGAAUCAUAGAAAGCAGUGCUGGAUGCAGUGGUUGACUUCAUAUCACAACCUGCUACAAUUAUAAAUGAAAUCAUUUAAACCUGUGUUUGAGAAUGAGGUGAACUGAAAAUCUUAGUCAUUCAGUUUUUUUUGUUUUCUACUUUUAUGCUUUGUAGAUUUCUAAUGCCUCAACCGCACUGGGUUGAAAUGUUAUUUUCCUUGUGAAUUAGAGGAUCUUAUGCAGAGUUUGUGCAGCUGAGAUGUAGACAUUAAAACAAUGUUUCAGAGCCAGUGGAUAUUCCACACUCCAAAAUAUUAAUUUAUCAGCUUUUUACGUCCUUUUCAAAAUAUAAAAUACAAAUAAUUAAUGAAUUUAGAGCAGAUAUUUAUUUCUGUUGAGUAUUAUUGGAAACCUGCCUACAUUUUGGACUGGUUUCGGCUGAGAAACAAUGUGUGGUUAAGCUGCCAGCUCUCUCUGGUGCUCAAAUGUCCCGCAGGAGCAAAUGCACCACCAUGGAAAGGUGCAUGCGGCCUUGAUUACGCUGAUUAGUUUCACCUGUCGGUGUGGUGUAAAACAAGGACAGAAAAUUGAAAAAACCACAGAAAGGAUACACAGUUGUGAGUUUUUGCAAGAAAACAUCUCUCAGCCAGGAAAAAAAAAAAAAACAACAACAAAAAAAAACAACUUUAAACAAAACUGGGCUUAAAACUUUUCACUGGGCUGUCUGCCCAGUACGACACUGGAUGGAGCUGGUGGGGCCACCAGAUGAGAAGCUGCUUUUGGAGGGCUUAGUAAAAUGGAGGUCCAGUCCAUAACAAUGCUUCCACUGUGGAAAUGAGAAAACCCUGCAGACAGAUGGAAAGAAAGUGUUAUUGCUGCAGAUUAAAGACUGAUGGAAAAAAAGACAAGCAAGGACACAAGAAAGAAGACAGCAUGCAAGGAGACAAAAGCAGAGGAACACAAGUAAUAAGUUAAUUAAGGAAGAAAGGACACAGGAAAAGGAGGAUUGGAAGAAAGAGGAGAAGGAAAAAGAGAGUAAAGAAAGAAGAGGGACAUAUGGAGGACUGUGCGACAAGUCAAUUGUAACCAGUACACAGGAAAUAAAAGAACAAGAGAUGGAAAUAAAGAACUUUUCAGGGUUUUAAAAUUAAACGAACUUAAGUUUAGGAAUGAAGGAUGGAAAGAUUUUGAGGAAGGUCAGAAAAGUGAAUUCACAUUGGAAGAAGGUGAAAAAUAGAAACGGGAACAAGGAUGAAGGUCAGAAAGGAGAAACAAAGACCAGAAAGAAGGAAGCAGGACCUCCUGGUAAGAGAGGAAGGAGAGGCCGCGACGGAGAACCUGGGCCUCCUGGUCCUCCAGGUCCACAGGGAGAAAAGGGAGAUCAAGGUGACCAGGGACCACGGGGAUUGCCUGGUCUCCCUACGCUGGCUGCUUUGCACAGCAAUCAGAUCCUGACUGUCAAGGGAGAUCAAGGCCAGGCAGGACCACCCGGGCCUCCAGGCCCACCUGGCCCUCCAGGACCCAGGGGCCCUCCAGGGGACACUGGAAAGGAUGGACCCAGAGGUUUGCCAGGUCUACCAGGUGAUCCAGGCCAGCCAGGAGAAAUUGGACUUAUGGGACUUGAGGGGCCUCAAGGGCCAAAGGGUACACUGGGGUCUCCGGGUAUCCCUGGAACAAAUGGACAGAAGGGAGAUGUUGGCAUCCCAGGACAGGACGGAAUCCCAGGGGCCAAGGGUGAAAAGGGAGAACAGGGUGAAAAGGGCGAUAUGGGUGAAGACGGACCGAAAGGUGACAUGGGCGAGAAGGGUGAUGCAGGCUCCUCUGCGGCGGGCAUCAAGGGCGAACCGGGAGAACCUGGACGGAGUGGACAGAAGGGAGAGCCAGGACUUCCAGGGCUGCCUGGACUCCCAGGGAUAAAGGGUGAGCCAGGAUUCCUCGGCCCCCAGGGAGAACCAGGACUUCCAGGACUCCCCGGAACUAAAGGCGAGAAAGGUGACCACGGACCAGCAGGAAAGGGUGACCGAGGAGAAAUCGGACCUGCUGGGCCAAAGGGUUCACAAGGAGAAUCUGGUAUGCCUGGGCCUAAAGGGUCAAAGGGGGACACUGGAGAUAAAGGAGAUUUGGGAUCUAUUGGCCCAAGAGGUCCUCCUGGGCAGAAAGGAGACAGAGGAGCCACUGAAAUCAUCGACUACAAUGGAAACAUCGAAGAAGCUCUGCAGAGGAUUACCACUAUUACAGUCACGGGUCCUCCUGGGCCACCCGGACCAAUAGGACCACCAGGCUUUAAGGGAGAUCGUGGUCUGCCUGGUCUUCCUGGACUUGAUGGGGAGAGAGGUUAUAAAGGUUCCAAGGGAGACAUGGGAAUGCCCGGAGCGUCAGGGGAGAAAGGAAGCACUGGUUUACCUGGGUUACCUGGCAUUAACGGAGCAAAAGGAGACAAAGGAGAUCCAGGACUUCCAGGUCCACAAGGUCCAUCUAUAACUGGCCCUCCAGGGCCACCGGGACCCCACGGGCCCUCGGGACCCAUGGGACCUCAUGGCUUCCCGGGGCCUAAGGGAGAACCUGGUUUGCACGGACUAAAGGGCAUGAGAGGAGAACCGGGACACAAAGGAGACCGUGGACACAUGGGUCUCCCUGGAGCCUCCGGCUUGGACGGCAAGCCCGGAAUUAGGGGCACAGACGGGCCUCCGGGUCCAGCUGGUCCAGCCGGGCCGAAGGGUGACAUCGGUGAGAAAGGUGCACCAGGUGAGCCGGGACCUCGAGGACCUUAUGGACUGCCUGGAGCCGCCGGAACGCCAGGUUUGGAUGGUUUACCUGGAUUAAAAGGAGAUAAAGGCGACGAUGGGGGGAGAGGAGAAAAGGGGGAGAAGGGAAAGAAGGGCAAAAAAGGGCCUAAGGGCGAGAAAGGAGAACAGGGUGCCCCAGGAUUAGAUGCACCCUGCCCAUUGGGUCCGGAUGGAUUACCAAUGCCUGGUUGCUGGCAGAAGGGAGUCACACCGUGGCUUGUAGCCUGAGUACCCUCCUUCCCCUUCUGAGAGUAAAGGUGUCAGUAAAUUUUUUUUUGUUUUGGCUUUAUUUGUGGCGAGGCCUGCCGAGCGAACCGUCUCGUCAGGCUUUUGCUGUUGCACUCAUGGGGCUCGACAUCGUCAGUGCGGCGCUUCCUCAGGGUCGCGUAUCUCUGGACAAGAGUCUCGGCAAGAGUCUCUGCACUGGCAGGAAAACCAAUCAGCCUCACACAGUUUGGAUUGGAGCCUGGUCAGGCGUGCUUGGUGAGCACGGGAAUGGAAAUGGAUUCUGCAGGAGAGUCACUCAUCGUCCUCCCUGUGAGAUGAAACAGGAGAUGCUUCGAGAUCUUCUGAGAACGUUGAUAGAAUGCAGUUGUGAUGUUUUUCUUUGUUCCUUUUUUAUUAUUUUAUUAUUUUUUUUUACACAUCAUUUGUAUUUUCUGUAAUAUAGCCUUUGGUGCCUCAAGCUUUUAUUCAUUCCUUUAUCAAAAGAGUUUAUACUUUAUUUUAAACCAUUUGAGUGGUGUUUAUUUCAAAAUGAAGGAGACAUUUUGUUUGGGAAGGACUGAAAAGACGUUGCGCACUGUUUUUGUUUUGAUUUGUUUGUUUUUUUGUCUUCACCAAGAAUAACUGUCUGAUUAUCAGUAAGUUGGCAUUGAUUUCAACCAUAUGUCCACUAAAGCUGCUCAGUGUUUGCAUAAAACAUUGUGGCAGUGAAUGGAAGUAGCUUAAAGUGUUACUUUUAGCUACUUCCCUGGAAUAACUCACAAACGUUAUUCCAGGGACAUCUCCUCUCACACAACUCAAAUUCUCCAAGUUUCUAAGUUACUCUUGGUAUUGAAAACUCGCUUGCAAAUAUGCUGAAGUUGUAAGAGAUCUCAUGUACAGUAUGGUCAAGUUUUCUGCAUGAACACUGUUUAGAAAAUGUAGAUUUAAAAAGAAAACAAAUUUUUGAUGGAGUGUAUCCAAAGGCUAUUUAAAUCCAUUUAAGGUCUAAAGUAGAAAAGAUUAUUGUCAACAUAAUAAUCUAUAGCAAGCUUCUUUACCUAUACAUCUUCUAUAUUGUCUUACAUACUGUAUAUGGUGACAAUAUAUAUAUUGAAGUACAGGACAUUAAUCAUCUUCCACCAACACCAGUCUGGCCAGUUAUAUCACAUUCCUCAUCACAUGGAGCAAAACAUUAUCAGAAUUUAGGAUUUAUAUUUAUUUUAUCACACAAGUCCAUUUACCUUUUCAUAUUUCCAGCAUUAAAAUUAGUUAUUUUGACAAUGUAGGUGCUAUGCAAGGUAAUAGUUUUUUUUUUUUCUUCAUGUAUAGUGCAUUUCACAUGUAUUAAAAGCCCUUCCCGUAUUAUUACAUUUUGAGUUGUAACAACUAAAAUCUUUAAUAAAUUUCAUUGGGGUUUGUUGUAAUUGAUCAGAACAAAGUAGUGCAUAAUUGUGAAGUGGAAAUGGUUUUUAUCGGUGGGGGGUUGUAGGGAUUUUUUUAGAUAAACGUUUGAAAAGUGUGGUGUGCACAUGUAUUUGGGAUCCUAAUUGACUUUUUUCUGAGCAACCCUUCUUCAAACAUAGUGACAUCUAGAAUAGAGCAGCACAAUAUUAAAAAUUCUAGCAUAUCAUUUGUGUGUAGUGUGAACAUCCGCUCUCGUAUGGCUCUGCCCAACUAGCUAAAUAGUUAGCAAGUAAAACACAACUUCGUAACUUCCUUUGGAACAUAUUAGCCAAGAAUUAUUGCACUCCAAACAGUGAGUAUUACACACACAGAUCUGGUGAUGACAAUAUGUUUGUGAUAUAUUGUGCAGCCUCGAGCGAUACCCUGAUUGUUCUUUUCAGAAUAGCAUAGAGAUUAAAUUAACAGAUUACUUAUCGGAGCAAAACUAGCUAAGUACAUACGCACGGCACACUUCAAAGUAUUGAUUUGGAAAAAGCAAAUGUAGAAUACUAUGUGUCAUGUAUCCACUUAAAAGUUAGGCACUGCUUUGUGUAGAUUUAUCACAAAAUAUGUUUCAUCCCAAAAAUAUUGACGCUUGUAAUUGUAACAUGACAAGAUGUGAAAGAGUUCCAGGGGUGUAUAAACAUUUGCAAGGUACUGUACAGUCAGAUCUUAACCAUUUACUGUAGGAGCAGACGUGGUAAUAGCAGGUCGAUCUGUGAGGAUGUUUCUGUUUAACCGUUCAUCUCAUCAUGAUAAAGAGUGGGUGCACAUCUGUACAAACCAUUUCUUUUUAAUCAUACCAGCAGCUACAGGUAAAAGGGAAAAAAAGCAGAUUUCUUUACAGCUGUUGGGGGUUUAUGUUUGUCUAAGAUAGGAGGGUUUUUUAACAUUUAUUUGUGUAUUUGUUUCAGUAUUCUAAGUGGUGCAUUAUUUAUUUUUCUACAAUUUUCUUUUUGUAAAUGAAGGCAUUUUGUUGGGUUCUGAGCAGCAUUCCUUUUUAGCUUCUGAUGCCAGUGUUUGCGUUGAUAUGACAGUACUUUAAGCUCAUAAUCAGGCAUCAUAAAACAAAUCUGCAAAUGUAACAUUGGUAGAAAUUGAGAGGGCAUUUGCAUGUUAUUGUAAUGUGUACUUAAUGUGCAUUUACUUCAAUUAAUGGGCCUUACAUCACACGAGUACAUCUGCUUUGUCUGACUGUGUGUGUCAACUAUGACGACACACCAAUUAUAAAUUCAUAACGGCCUUGUCUCACACUUGUUUUUCUUUUUUUCUUUCUUUGUCUCUUUACAUUGAAUGUAGUUUGAUAUAUAUGUAUAGUGGAAUAUUAAUGUACUGUUGAGAUGUGCUCAUUUGAUAUAAAGUGCAAUUUAUACUUUGAUUCAUGCGUGUAGCAUCAAAUGCUGCUUAACUAUCACACUACAGUGGUUUUCUUUAGCUUCAUUUGUCCAGCCGUGCGACCCUGUAUACCACUACCUGGAGAUAUGGAGGAAUAUGUAAACAGACUUUUAAUUAAAUCUUAAUUUACAGGAUUUUUGUUUCAAUCUCUUUUUUCAAUCGAUAUUUGUGUCAAUAUUUAAUAGUUUGUUUUGGUAAUUUUUUUUUGUUUUGUUUUGAUUACCAGUCUUGGUUUUAUUACAGCCUUUGUUCUCAUAAGGUGCUGUUACUUUAGAAUGUGCAGCUAUUGUUUUUUUUUUUUUUAUUUUAUUAAACAUUGUUUGUUUGAGUUUGGUGUUAAAGUUUCACAUUUAGUUUACUAAGCUAGACUGAAGUGCCAAAAUAUAUUAACUAUUGACUUCCUAUUGAGCUGCACGAUUGGUACUAGUAGGAUGAUUUGAAUCUAUAAUGCUGUGCUGCACAAAAGCCUCUUCCUUAAGGUUUCUCUGAGGCAGACUUUUCCCAACUCUGGUCCUCAGGUACACUAUUCUUUAUGUUUUAGAUAUUUCCUGGCUUUAAUAAAUAUAAUAGACAAUUGUAGUUCUUUUUUUUUUUUUUUUUUUUUAAAGAAGCUAUUAAUCAGCCAUCAAUUGAAAUUAUGUGUCAAAGCAGGGAAACGUCUGAAACAUGCAGGGCAGUGUACCUUGAUAGCCAGUGUUGGAGAAGCACUGUACUAAAAGUUAGGACAGUGUGUUUCUAACUCUGAACGACAUGUGAACUGAUCAAAAAUUUGUCCUUUUUAUACUUUUAUUUUGUUUGUUUAUUACCAAAAAACGUUUUUUAUUUUAUUUUCUAAUUUGGAGCAGAUUUAUUUUCAAAGUUUUCCAAAGUGUUUCUUUUCUUAGUUUGUCCCCUAGAAACAGUCAAAAAGAUAAAUAAGUGAUGUUGGGUAUACUUACUACAUUUUGACUUUGUUAAUUAACUUUAUCUUGGUUGUGGAGGAAAACUUUCAGCAGGAUGGCUGUCAUUCAAACUACAGCGCCUCUUGUGGCAAAACAAAUUAUAACAUGCAGAAAAGUUGUGAAUAAAAUCCCACAUUCACUGAAAUGUGAGACUUUUUUUUUCUAAAACAAAAUUAAAAUAAAUAAUUUAGAAAGUUUAAUAAGAUAAUCAGAAGUGAUCACAUUUGAUAUUCCUUAAAUCUGUUUGCAUGUGGAUUUUAAGGACAGCUAAAAGAUGAACUAAAAUAGGAAAAACAUUUUGUCUGCCAAUAUGUCUUUGGUAUAUUGAAAAGAAAAACUGAUUAGACUUAGAGAGCAAUCUUUCAGGGCUUUCAUAGAGGACACAGUGAAGUACAAACAUUAUUUUCCACGGAUUCAAUCUUUCUAAGUGAAAAAGCAGAUACAAGACAAAAGAGUUGCAUCCACAAUGUUGUUGCCCCUGCAUUAAUGUUUAAGCACAGGAAUUUUCUUGGAUUAACAAAAAUUCUUAAACCAAAUUGAAAGAGCAAACUUGUCAUGUAUCUUAAUUCUGGUUUUGUUUACAUAACUCAAGCAAAACCUUUGAGUUAUUGGACAUGUUUUUUAUGGUAUGUUUUUCUUUCAGCCUUUUUUCUUUUAUUGAUUCAGUACCAACUUUAUCUACAUUUCUUGAUCUCACAUUCUGUAUUUCAAGCUGAUAUUUCAUAUGACUGUGCUGUUGGAGGAAAAUAAACCGUCAUUUAACUAUU